AUGGCUCCCGGGAAGAAGAUCACGGCCCGCAUCAAGAGGACGCUGCCCGUGCGGGGCCCGCAGGCGCCCACGCUGAGCGAGCUGAUGCGCUGGUAUUGCCUCAAUACCAACACGCACGGCUGCCGCCGCAUCGUCGUGUCCCGCGGCCGCCUGCGCCGCUUCAUCUGGAUCCUGCUGACUCUCAGCGCCGUUGGGCUCAUCCUCUGGCAGUGCGCCGAGCUGCUGCUCAACUACUACAGCGCCUCGGUCUCCGUCACCGUCCAGUUCCAGAAGUUGCCCUUCCCCGCCGUCACCAUCUGCAAUAUCAACCCCUACAAGUACAGUUCCAUGAAAGAUUAUUUAUCUGAACUGGACAAAGAGACAAAAAAAGCUUUGGAGACUUUCUAUGGCUUCUCAGAGGGCAAGUCCAAGGUGCGGCGGUCGGUGGAUGAGUGGAACAGCACCGGGAGUGAUUUCUUCAGGCAGAUCCCUCUGCUGAAGUUUGAGGACUUCUCAAAGACAGCAACUGACCUUCACAGUGGCCAGAAGAGGAAAAUAGAGGGCAGUGUCUUCCACAAGGACUCAUCCAUUGUGAACUCUGGGGAUUCAAAUGAUAUCAUCGGCUUUCAGCUGUGUGAUGCAAACAACAGCAGCGAUUGUGCACUUUACACGUUCAGCUCUGGUGUCAAUGCUAUCCAGGAGUGGUACAAACUGCACUACAUGAACAUCAUGGCACAGAUUCCCCUGGAGACUAAAGAACAAGCCAGUUAUUCUGCUGAUGACCUUCUGCUGACAUGUUUCUUUGAUGGCCUCUCAUGUGACAAAAGGCACUUCACUCGCUUCCAUCAUCCCCUGCAUGGCAACUGCUACACCUUCAACAGUGGUGAGAAUGGGACAGUCCUGAGCACCUCCACGGGCGGCAGCGAGUGCGGAUUGCAGGUUGUUCUGUACAUAGACGAGGCAGACUACAAUCCCUUCCUGGUGACAUCCACGGGGGCCAAGAUCAUGGUGCAUGACCAGGAUGAGUAUCCCUUCAUUGAAGACAUCGGCACGGAAAUCGAGACGGCAGCAGCCACCUCCAUCGGGAUGCACUUUACUCGGUCUCGCAAGCUGAGCAAACCCUACAGCGACUGCACGGAGACUGGGGCAGACAUCCCAGUGGAAAAUCUCUAUAACAAGAGCUACUCACUGCAGAUCUGCCUACACUCCUGCUUCCAGAAGGCCAUGGUUGACUCGUGUGGCUGUGCCCAGUAUGCCCAGCCCUUGCCUGCUGGGGCAGAGUACUGCAACUACAAGAAAAAUCCCAACUGGAUGUACUGCUACUACAGACUGCAUGAGAAGUUUGUGAAGGAGCAGCUGGGCUGCCAGCAAAUCUGCAAAGAUGCCUGCAGCUUCAAGGAGUGGGCACUCACCACCAGCAUCGCCCAGUGGCCAUCCACUGUCUCGGAGGACUGGAUGCUUCGAGUUCUCUCUUGGGACAAAGGGCAAAAACUCAACAAGAAGCUGAACAAGACGGACCUUGCAAACCUCAUGGUGUUCUACAAGGACCUGAAUGAGAGAUUCAUUUCAGAGAACCCAGCCAACACACUCGUCAUUCUCCUCUCCAACUUUGGGGGCCAGCUGGGCCUUUGGAUGAGCUGCUCUGUGGUUUGUGUCAUCGAGAUCGUGGAGGUCUUCUUCAUCGACUCGCUCUCCAUCGUGCUGCGGCGCCAGUGGCAGAAGGCCAAGAAGUGGUGGAACGACCGCAAGAGGCACCCCUCGGGGAAGCCUCCGCAGGCUGCAGACCUGGAGAGGCAGGGCCACGACAACCCUGCCUGCCUCGACGAGGACCUGCCCACCUUCAACACCGCCCUGCGCCUGCCGCUGCCCCAGGGCAGCCCCCUGCCCAGGACUCCCCCUCCCAACUACAGCACUUUGCGGCUGGAGAGCGCCUUCAGCGAGCAGCUGCCCGACACGCUGGAGCCCAGCCGGCACUGA